AUGCCUCCCUUCCCUACCUCCCUCUUCCUGACACUGCUUCAGCUUGCAGUCCUUACGUGUGUGAGUGGCGGAGCAUACUACGGACACAAACAGCACCCUCAGCAAUACCAGCCAAUGCAGCACAUCCAACACAUGGGCAUGGGCAAAGAAGGCUUUCCUCAGCAGCAGUAUCUUGGCAAAGAGAUGCCCUACAUGCAGUAUCCCCACUACAGGAAGGAAAUCCCCCAGAUGCCAAUGCACAAGGGCAAAGAAAAUCCUCGCAAGGGUGGCAACUACAAUGGCGGCCAAGAAAAGGGUCAGACGGUCCCGAGUGGUGCUGAGGGAAUUCCCCAAGGAGAGCAAGGCCCAGCUGGACCACCUGGACCAGAGGGACCUCAAGGACCUCCAGGGCCACCAGGGAAUGGACAGCCAGGACCAGCCGGACGACCUGGACCUCCUGGCCCACCAGGAAUGCCUGGAGUGGGAAAGCCAGGUUUACCAGGACUGCCAGGCAAACCAGGAGGAAAUGGUGAGGCUGGGCCUCAAGGAGAAAUGGGCCCCAGGGGUGAAGAAGGGCCAGCUGGGCAGCCAGGGCCUCAAGGUCCCCCAGGACCACCUGGGCUUCCAGGAAUAGGUAAACCAGGAGUCCAGGGAUUGCCAGGCCAACCAGGGCCCAAAGGAGAGCCGGGUCACAAAGGUCUGCCAGGACUACCAGGAUUACCAGGGCCCAAAGGAGACAAAGGGAUGGGGCAACCAGGACAACCUGGACACAAAGGGCUCCCUGGGCCCCCUGGACCUGCUGGGCCAAGAGGGCUGCCUGGUUUUGGAAAACCUGGAUUGAAUGGGGCACCUGGUCCACAAGGACCACCAGGAGAGAAAGGACAUCCGGGAGAGCCAGGAACGGCUGGACCACCUGGUGAAGGAGGACAGCCUGGCCCACCAGGUCUACCUGGUCAAGGAAAGCCAGGUCAAAAUGGCCUGCCAGGACAGCCAGGCAUGCCAGGUGCAAAAGGUCAUCCAGGACCACCAGGUUUGCCAGGAAAGCCAGGACUGCCUGGAUUUGGUAAACCAGGACUUCCUGGACCAAAGGGUGAUAAAGGUUUGGGUGGACCACCUGGAUCUCCAGGACCUAAAGGAGAUAAGGGGCAUGGAGGACUACCAGGUAUGCUUGGACCCCCUGGAAAUAAUGGUCAACCAGGUCCUCCAGGCCCUAUGGGACCCCCUGGAGGUAUAGGUGCACCUGGUCCUAAAGGAGAAUGUGGAGAAGGAGGACCGAAAGGGCUUGAUGGAACUCAGGGUGAACCUGGUCCUCCAGGAAUGCCCGGCAAGGAUGGUCUGCCAGGAGAUGUUGGAGAGCCAGGACCAAGAGGUCCACCAGGCCCAAGUGGUGGCAAAGGGAACGAUGGGCAUAAAGGUCUACCUGGUACCCCUGGUUCUCCAGGACUUCCUGGUCCAAAAGGACAAAGUGGAUUACCUGGUGAAGUGGGACCUCAAGGUCCUAAAGGAAUCCCAGGAAUGGAUGGUGCAGCGGGACCAAUUGGUCCUUCUGGUCUUCCUGGGCCAAAAGGAGAUAGUGGCCUUCCUGGCCCACCAGGUAUUGUAGCUGAGGGGAGUCCAGGACUACCUGGUCCCAUAGGACCCCCAGGAAAAGAGGGCCCAGCAGGACCUACAGGACAACCAGGUCGGCCUGGUCCACCUGGACCACCAGGCCAACCUGGCGCACCUGGUCUAUCUCCUGAAAUGGCAGGAGUGCUUUCUGAGAUGGGCCCAGGGUUGGAUGGUGUUAAGGCUGGAAGUUAUGGCAAGAAGGGCAAGUAUGGAGGCAAUGGAGCAGAAGUAAUGGGUCCCAGUGGGCUUGAAAUGCCAGCAUUCACAGCAGUAGCAACAACUCCCUUUCCACCUGUGGGCACUCCAGUCGUCUUUGACAAGCUCUUGUACAAUGGUCGACAAAACUACAACCCUGAGACAGGAAUUUUCACUUGUGACAUGCCUGGCAUUUAUUACUUUGCCUACCACGUUCAUUGCAAAGGAGCUAAUGUGUGGGUGGCUUUGAUGAGAAACAAUGAGCCGGUAAUGUAUACAUAUGAUGAAUACAAAAAGGGUUUCCUAGACCAAGCAUCAGGGAGUGCAGUAUUGCCUCUACAACCUGGGGACACUGUGUAUGUUCAGCUGCCCUCAGAUCAGGCCUCAGGACUUUAUGCUGGGCAGUAUGUGCAUUCCUCCUUUUCUGGGUUCUUGUUAUAUCCGAUGUAA